UGUACAAAAUUUAGAGAGGAGAAGAAGAACAAGCGGUAAAAGAAAGCGAAAACCAUUUUCUUCCAUUAAAGAGAAAAAAGAAAAAGAGCCAAAUGGGGAGAGAGGUAUCAGAAAGCUGCAUCGAUAGCCUGCUGACCGAAAUGGUUUCAACAUAUUGCAACCGUUUCUACGCCAAUAAGCCUGAGCUAGCGGCCCGUCGGAUCGAGGCCAUUGGAUAUCAGGUCGGCCACCAGCUCUCUGAACGGUACACGAUGGACAGGCCACGGUUUAGUGAUCAUCUAGAGGCAAUCAAAUUCAUCUGCAAGGAUUUUUGGUCUGAACUCUUUAAGAAGCAGAUAGACAACUUGAAGACAAAUCAUAGAGGUACCUUUGUAUUGCAAGAUAAUCGUUUUCGUUGGCUUACACGCAUGUCAAUUGAUCAAUCACCUGAAAAUGGAGCAUCCGAAGAUACUUCUAUAAUGGCUGACAACAAGGCUGUGCAAAGCAUGCAUCUCUAUUUUCCAUGUGGAAUUAUCAGGGGAGCUCUUUCAAACUUGGGAAUACCUUGUGCAGUUUCUGCUGACAUAUCCAACCUUCCUGCAUGUUCAUUUGUGGUCCGUAUAAAGGCUUGAUGAGCAUGUUACCAGAAAUGCAGCACCAAUGAUUAGGGUUUCAAGCAUACACUUGAUGCUAGUUUAAAAGAAAAUAUCUUCUGCUUAUGCAUGAGAACAACUCGAUUUGAGAACUACUGGAGUCUCAGUCAGAAUAUCGGAAGUUGUGGUACAGGAAAUACUCUUGAAGAAAAUGAUGUGAGAAAUAGACUUGGAACUUUUGUAUGUGGAUAUUGUGAAACCUUUGUUGUUGAUAAGAUUGCAUUAUUGAAUUGUUUUCUGUGCAUUUAAAUGUGACAUUGAACGACCCCUUCACAUGUUGAAUUGACAUUUCUCUGAUC